CGGUUGGCUUAGGCGCUCCGCGUGUGCCCGUGCAAGGCACGCUACACCCCGUGACGUCAGCGCGCAGCGUCACGCCGGUGGGACGCACAAAAGUAAAAUAGCAUCGUCGUCCCCGCGUCCCGCAGGCAGCAGGAUUGUAAGAGGAUUGCCUGCUAGGCUGGGGUAACAUGGCAAAAGAUGCUGGACUAAUUGAAGCCAAUGGAGAGCUUAAGGUGUUUAUAGACCAAAACCUAAGUCCUGGAAAAGGAGUUGUUUCUCUAUUGGCUGUUCAUCCCUCUACAGUAAAUACACUCGGAAAACAGCUCCUGCCAAAAACAUUUGGACGGUCUAAUGUCAACAUUGCACAACAAGUGGUUAUCGGUACACCUCAGAGACCUUCAGUGCCAAAUACUAUCCUGGUAGGAAGUCCACAUACACCUAACACACAUUUUGUAUCACAAAACCAGACUGCAGAUUCUUCGCCGUGGUCUGCUGGGAAGCGGAACAGAAAAGGAGAGAAGAGUGGCACGGGUUUACGUCAUUUCUCUAUGAAGGUUUGUGAGAAGGUACAAAGAAAAGGAACCACCUCAUACAAUGAGGUGGCAGACGAGUUGGUUGCAGAAUUCACUACCCCUGAUGAUCACAUUUCACCAAAUGAAUCACAGGCUUACGACCAGAAGAACAUUAGACGACGUGUCUAUGAUGCCUUAAAUGUCCUCAUGGCCAUGAACAUUAUCUCUAAGGAGAAGAAGGAAAUCAAAUGGAUUGGUCUACCUACAAACUCGGCUCAGGAAUGUCAGAAUUUAGAGGUGGAGAAACAGAGAAGACUUGAAAGAAUAAAGCAAAAACAAUCUCAACUACAAGAACUCAUUCUACAGCAAAUUGCCUUCAAGAACCUCGUUCAGCGAAAUCGUCAGGCAGAACAGCAGGCAAAUCGACCGCCACCUUCCAAUUCUGUCAUCCAUUUGCCAUUCAUCAUCGUGAACACCAGCAAGAAAACAGUGAUUGACUGCAGUAUUUCAAAUGACAAGUUUGAGUAUCUAUUUAAUUUUGACAAUACUUUUGAAAUUCAUGAUGAUAUAGAAGUACUAAAACGAAUGGGAAUGGCCUGUGGGCUAGAAUCUGGAAGCUGUUCAGCAGAGGACCUAAAAAUUGCAAGGAGUUUGGUUCCCAAAGCUUUGGAACCAUAUGUGACAGAAAUGGCUCAGGGAUCAAUCAGCAGUGUAUAUGUCACAUCUUCGUCAGGUUCUGCAUCAAAUGGCACAAGAUUUUCAGCCAGUGACUUUUCCAAUGGUGGAGAUGGGAUGUUGGCUACGAGUUCCAAUGGAUCUCAGUACAGUGGCUCCAGAGUUGAAACACCAGUUUCUUACGUGGGAGAUGACGAUGACGACGAUGACGAUUUUAAUGAAAACGAUGACGACGACUGAUGCCCUUUGCUUGUAGACUUGUUAAAAUUCAGCAAGCUUCAGGAAUAAAUUGUUCUAGGGAGAGAAGUCUCAAAUAACUUUGCCCCAUCCCUCAAGGAAAGUGUUGGUAAGCAGUUCUGAGUUUAGAAAUGCACCUCUGAUAAGCAAGCGAGGAUUGUUUUAUGUAGGAUAUUUUUAAAUGUGGUGUGGAUGUGUGUUUUUGAUACCAGUGUGUUAAUGCAGAGCCUUUAUUUACUCUUGGUUUAGGGGUUUUUGGUUUAUUGUUUUAUUUGGUUUUUUGUUUUUUUGUUUUUUUUUUUACUUGAAGGAAAAUGGAUUUUGCCCCCAAAUGUUCUUGCUAAGUUUGCUAAAGAAAAUGUAGACACAUCAUUGAGAAAUAAAAUGCUGUCCUUCUGUGGAAAAUGAAUACACUGAAUGGCAAUUUAUUUGGAGUGUAUUUUGAUUAUACCACUUUGGAGGGAUAGCGAGCUAAUGUAGUAGUGUGUUUUUUUGUUAACCAUGCAGUGUCCAAAGAACCAAACAGGAAAGAUACGUCCUACUUUUUUACAUGUUAAAUUCCAGAAAUGUUGUUGUGAACUAAUUUUCCCUUAAAUUAUAUCUAACAUUAUGAUUCCAUCAAGUUUAUAUACUUGUCACUGUAUGUCGGGACAUAAGAAUUACAAACUUUUUGGCAAAUGUUUACUGCCAGCUGGUGCAGCUAUAUAAAAUAUCUUGAAGGUUUGGAAUGAUUUAUUGCUUAUGGUAAAAUUUGCCUGAUUUCUUACAGGCAGACUUUGGAAACUUUUUAUUAUAUAGUUGUUUACAUACUUAUAAGUCUAUCAUAUAAAGACAUGUACUGAAACAAAUGUUUGUAUUUGUUUCAUAAGCAUCUUCCUGUAAUCUAUUAUAAAGUUGAAAUUAAAUAUAGAGAAUGUUUUAAGUUUUUUAACUCAAAAUUUGUCAAUCAUUUUUAAUAGUUCAUUUUUAUAAAAGGAAUUUCAGGGCAGGUGGUAGUCUUUUUAAAUUUAUUCACAAACAAUUAACUGCACAAAUACUGUCAGCUGCCUAUUCUAAGACAGUAGUCUUUUUAUUGAAACACAAAUAAACUUUUCUGUAAUAUUUUAUGGAAUAUAAAGAGACUAUAAUUGUUUGACUUGUUUAACCUUGGCACUGUUAGUUUUUAUUAAUAAAACGCGCAUGGGCAUUUUUAACAA